GACCGGAGAGGAGCACGAGCGCCGCUGCUAACAGCUGCGCGCCGCAGUGAUCCGGUCUCGCGUUCGCAAAGCUGUUCUUCUAGCGGAUGCCUCCGUUUCCUCGCCCGCCCCUAACAUCCAGCCAAAGGUGCAUUUUCGACACCGACUGCGGGGCAUGAGCAGACAAUUCGGUUCUUUCUAAGCAACGGAAAGGAAACUAGGGGAGUCGCGCUGAGCGUUGUUUUCCCUACGAUUGUAUUCGGAGCUAUGCCAGUUCCUGACCAGCCGUCUGAGCAGGAAAAGACCGGCAUGUUGAGCCCCGUUUUGAACGCCUCCAACGGCGACGGGUCCGAGACAGAGACCACGUCCGCCAUCCUGGCCUCCGUCAAAGAGCAGGAGCUGCAGUUUGAGAGACUGACCCGCGAACUGGAGGCUGAACGCCAGAUCGUCGCCAGCCAACUGGAGCGAUGCAAGCUGGGAUCUGAGACCGGCAGCAUGAGUAGCAUUAGUUCAGCAGACGAGCAGUUUCGCUGGAAUAACCAAGAUGGAGGACAGAAAGACAUUGAGGAUGAACUGACCACUGGCCUGGAACUGGUGGAUUCCUGCAUCCGCUCUUUGCAGGAGUCUGGAAUACUGGACCCCCAGGAAUUUUCUGCAGGCGACAGGCCCAGCCUGCUAUCCCAGAGUGCGCUGCAGCUGAACUCCAACCCGGACGGCUCGUUCCCGUACACAGCCAGCUACCACAGCAGCCAGACCCUGGCUCUGAGUGACUCAUCCACCUCACAGGCCCCAGCGCGGAGCGGUCAGGCAGGCGGAGCGGUCCACAGCUACAACCAGGUGACGUCUAACCGAGCGGCCCAGCUGGCGGGCGGUGGCGACCCCCAGUCGCGCGACUCGUUCGCGCCCAGCCACGGGAGCGCCUUCCACAUGCCGGACACGCAGCCCACGUCCACGCCCUACUACUCCUGCGCCACCCUGCCGGCCCAGCGCGUCAGCUCCCCCCUGUCCCUGCAGGCCACCGGCUCCCCCACCAAACUGCACCGGCUGGGCUCGGCCUCGGACGCCCCCGGCUACGCCACGCUGGGCCGCGUCUCCUCCUCCUCCCCCAAGCAGUCUCCCGGCCGGCUGGCCAAGUCCUACAGCACCAGCUCCCCCAUCAACAUGGCAGCCUCCUCGUCCCCGCCCGCCUGCGUCGCCUCCCCCCUGCACCAGAUGAGCUCGGCUGUGGGCAGCUACGCCACGCUGUCCCCCACCAAGCGCCUGGUGCACUCCUCCGACCAGUACAAGAUCUCCCACGAGCUGUACGCCAACGCCACCCUGCAGAGGCCCGGCAGCCUGGCAGGGUCCAGGGGCUCGUACAGCAGCCAGCACAGUCACCUGGGGUCGGAGCUGCGACCCCUGCAGUCCCCCGAACACCACAUCGACCCCAUCUACGAGGACCGGGUGUACCAGAAACCCCCCCUCAGGAGCCUGAGCCAGAGCCAGGGUGAGCCACUGCCCCCAGGGCACCCCGGGGUCUACCGCACCAACACGGCCCCGCCCUCCCCUGGUGUUGACCCCGUCCCGUUGCAGCGCACAGGAAGUCAGAACGCCACGGGAACGUACCAGAGGGCCAGCUACGCCUCCGGCCCCGCGGCAAACUACGCCGACCCCUACCGCACCCUCCAGUUCUGCCCAUCUGUGGACUCCCCCUACAGCAAGUCAGGCCCCGCCCUGCCCCCAGAGGCCGCCCUGGCCCGCUCUCCCUCCAUCGACAGCAUCCAGAAGGACCCCAGGUACGACCCUGAAUUCCUUGUCUGGAAUCAAAAUCAAGCCGAACACAGAAUGACAAAGGAGUUUGGAUGGCGGGACCCGGAGCUGCCAGAGGUGAUCCAGAUGCUCCAGCACCAGUUCCCCUCGGUCCAGUCCAACGCGGCGGCCUACCUGCAGCACCUGUGCUUCGGAGACAACAAGAUCAAGUCUGAGAUCCGGAGGCAGGGAGGGAUCCAGCUGCUGGUGGAUCUGCUGGAUCACCGCAUGGCGGAGGUUCACCGCAGUGCCUGCGGGGCCCUGAGGAACCUGGUGUACGGCAAGGCCAACGACGACAACAAGAUCGCCCUGAAGAACUGCGGUGGGAUCCCCGCCCUGGUGCGUCUGCUCCGGAAAACCACCGACGUGGAGAUCCGUGAACUCCUCACAGGCGUGCUGUGGAACCUGUCCUCCUGUGAUGCCCUGAAGAUGCCCAUCAUCCAGGACGCCCUGGCGGUGCUGACCAACACCGUGAUCAUCCCCCACUCCGGCUGGGAGGCCUCGCCCCACCGGGAGGACCGGAAACUGCACCUGCACUCCUCCCAGGUCCUGCGCAACGCCACGGGGUGCCUGAGGAACGUCAGCUCGGCAGGAGAGGAGGCGCGGAGGCGCAUGCGGGAGUGCGAGGGCCUCACCGACGCGCUGCUGUACGUCAUCCAGACCGCGCUGGGGAGCAGCGAGAUCGACAGCAAGACCAUAGAGAACUGCGUGUGCAUCCUGAGGAACCUGUCGUACCGCCUGGCCGCUGAGACGUCCCAGGGCCAGCAGAUGGGGACGGACGAGCUGGACGGGCUGCUCUGCGGGGAUGCCGGGGCCAAGGACGGAGAGAGCUCGGGCUGCUGGGGCAAGAAGAAGAAGAAGAAGAAGACGCAGGAUCAGUGGGAUGGUGUGGGGCCCCUCCCUGAGUCUGCAGACCCCCCCAAAGGAAUCCAGAUGCUGUGGCACCCCUCCAUCGUCAAACCCUACCUCAUCCUCCUCUCCGAGUGCUCCAACCCGGACACGCUGGAGGGAGCAGCCGGAGCCCUGCAGAACCUGGCAGCCGGCAGCUGGAAGUGGUCACACAAACAUUGGUCGGUGUAUAUCCGUGCGGCGGUGCGUAAGGAGAAGGGCCUGCCCAUUCUGGUGGAGCUGUUACGGAUAGACAACGACCGGGUGGUGUGCGCCGUGGCGACAGCUUUGCGGAACAUGGCCUUAGACGUGAGGAACAAGGAGCUCAUCGGCAAGUACGCCAUGCGCGACCUGGUGCACCGCCUGCCCGGGACCAACAACAACAACAGCAGCAGCAGCAGCAGCAACGCGGCUGCCACCACCAACGGCACCCCCAGCAAGGCCAUGUCCGACGACACAGUGACCGCCAUCUGCUGCGCCCUGCAUGAGGUCAUCACCAAAAACAUGGAGAACACCAAGGCCCUCCGCGACGCCGGCGGCAUCGAGAAGCUCAUCGGCAUCGCCCGCAGCAAAGGAGACAAGCACUCUCCGAAAGUGGUGAAAGCCGCCUCCCAGGUGCUCAGCAGUAUGUGGCAGUACAGAGACCUGCGGAGCCUCUACAAAAAGGACGGGUAUUCGCAGUAUCACUUCGUGGGCUCUUCCUCCACAAUAGAGAGGGACAGGCAAAGGCCCUACUCUUCCUCCCGAACCCCCUCCAUUUCGCCCGUCCGGACCUCCCCGAACAAUCGAUCAGCCAGUGCCCCGGCCUCUCCACGGGAGAUGAUCAGUCUCAAGGAGAGGAAACCGGACUACGAGUCCACCGGGACCAACGCCAGUUACCAGGGAAACAAAGGGGAGCACCUGUCUAGGAAAGACACCAUGGCAGCUCAAGUGUCGAGCGGAACCUCAACCCUGUUCCGGAAUUCGUAUGUGACCCCUAAUGAGGACCUCAAACACAUCCAGGUCUCCGCCCAGCCUGUUCCUCAGGACAGUGCCCGGAAGGACUACGAGCCGUACCCAGUCUUUCAGAACGCCAACAGGAACUUUGAGGAGGCGUUCUUUGAAGACCAGGUGCACCAGCGCCCCCCGGCUGCCACCGACGUGAACAUGCACCUGGGGCUGAAGUCCACCGGCAACUACGUGGACUUCUACUCGGCGUCCCGGCCCUACAGCGAACUCAACUACGAGACGAGUCACUACCCAGCCUCUCCAGACUCCUGGGUCUAGGGGGGCAGGGGGGAGGAAGAGCUCUAUCUGCAGAGUGGUACAAGGUGAUCUAGGGGGCAGGGCAGGGCGUGCAUGUGCAUGCGUUACCACAUGGUUUUUAUUUAUUUUUUUAUGGUGAGUUUACUUAUGGUGAGCUGGUUCUUAUGAGCGAGUCUACCGAGUGAGCCUGGGAAGAGGAUGUGGACAGAGAGGAUUCUGGGUAAAGCAGUAAGAGACGAUGGUGGGUCACUGUGACGAGUAAGAGAGUGCGAACCUUGACCUGCUGGAGUCGAGAGAGAUUUUUGCGGAGGGAAUCUUGAAUGUUGGGAAGUGGAAAGAGACUAACUGUAAAUAAAGCAGGAUAGUAACAGGGCUGAGUGUGCCAAGCACAAGAAAACAAACAUGUCGUUUCGUUUCCACGGUUGAAAAGAACAGCUUUUCACACACCGUUUGUACCAUUUUUUUAUUUUCCUUUUUUUUUACGUCAUUGUGAGUCAAAGCUUAAACUUGCAUUUAUUUGGAGAGUACUCUGAUGAAAAGAAGAUGCCUCCAGCCUUUGUCUUUUUUUAAAAACAUGUUUAUCGUUCUUUUUUAAUUUCUUUUCUAAAUUCUCUGUUGUAAAGUAUUUGAUGUACAGUAAAGAGAUAGGAGGAGGGAGUUGUGUAUAUUACACAAAGUCCACUGCAGCCCCCUUGGCAGUGGAUAACAAUAUUGUUUUUAAUGUUACAUUUAAAAAAAAAAUCCUUGGAAGGUGUAUGAAUUACCAGCGUAUCCUAUCCAAGCAAAGUAUGUUUUCUCAGCAAGAAGGAAGUAUUUAGCAGUAUUGUUCAUUCCUAAUAAUGUGAAUUUGUUUGUGGCAAACUAAAACAAACAUUUUAAGCAGUUCGACACAGUUAACAGCCCAUCAUUCCACACUCCUUGUCUUUGAAGUGCUUUCACUGCCUACAGAAAAAGUUGUUGAUGUACAGUAGAUAUUUGAAAUAGAUUUUUUUUGCUUUUUAAUUUUCAUGUUUAUUUUUAUUUUUUUGGUUUUCACUGAAACAAGGUUUUACUUUAUAAUGAUACGGUGUUAAAACAAAAAUAAAUUCCAACUUUGUUUGUCGGCCAUAUUUGCAUAAAACCUGUCUGUCCAAUGGCAUCUGAGUUAUCUGUAAGAAGCAAGGUCAAAAUGUGCCAAACAUCAUGGGCUCCUGACAAGGAGAUAACGGUUAGCUUUGGUUUACGGUCUAUGGCUAGUCACUGGUUCUCCUGACAACCAUUUGUAAAUGCUUUUUUUAAUGUGUUUUGAUGGAAUUAAGCUAUACAUAGUUAAGCCUGGAAAAUUACCCGGAGGGCGAAACCUUUGAGAAGCCUGACAACCUCCGAAAAUGUACAAACAUGUCAACGUUAGUCGAGCGUGUGUUGUGUGUUGAUCAGUAUUUGAGAAGAAGGCACUCUCUCCGAAGGGGUGGCUGUUAACUGUUAGAUUCAACAUUGCAAAACAAGUUCGUCUUUAGACUUAAAAUGUGAAUAGAGUAUGAUGAAUAUAUAUUAUAUAUAGAAAUAUAAAUAUAUAUAAUUUUUAUGUGCAGAUGUGAGUGUCACCUAAAAGCAACAACAUUAUGAAGAAGAGGGGGGAAAAAGACCUGUAAAAGAAGUGUAGGAUUCUGGUCACUUUCAUGUCCUGAUACCAGUGUACACUUGAAGCUGUUGAAUUCCUGGUCCAAGACAUAUAGGAUUAUCGUUUUGAAACCUAUAUGAUGCUCUGACAGCAGGAAAAUAAAUAGCUUAUGUGGUGCAGUCUGGGGAACCCUACUAUUAACACUGCAUUGGAUCACACAUUCAGAAGCUGAUGUGGGGGGAUGCGUCUUUACCUGAUAAAUGGUAUUGAAAACUGUGCACAUGAUUUUUUUCUUUCUUUUUUUAAUUAUUUUAUUAUUGUUGCCUCAGAUGGGGUGUUUGGAAAAAAAUUGUGGAUCUUUUUAAAUUGCAACCUCUACGAUAUAUAAACUGACCACCGAGGACACACAAA